AUGGCAGCCAUAAAGCCAGAAGAGUCAGAACAUUCAAUUUGGCAAAGCUAUGCUCUCCAACCACCUCAUACUUCUCAUCAAACGGCGUUCGAGUCAAACUUUCCUUCCGGUCCUCUGGCAUUGCCAUAUCAUGCAAGACAGAAGGGAGGGUACCGAUCAAUGGAUAUUCCUUCAAUCCACACAAGACCUCCUCACAGGGAAGGAAAUGGAGUGCUGACUGCUUCACCACCAUCACUGAAUUCACAUCAUAGCUACCCUUCUCUCAAACGACCAUUUCAUUCUACAGAUGAUUCGCCCUAUGGCGAGGUGGUGCAGGAUUUUCGGGAAGACCUGUCAGAACAUCCAAAACCUAAUAUUAGUCAAGAUCACAGACUGCUUUCCUUUAGUAAACGACAGCCAAAGCACACUAUCGUAGACCAACAUGGAAGAAUACAACAGCUAGACCUUUCAGCGCAAAUCCACGGAAUGUUCUUUUUAUCGGAAAUGACAACCCCCACGGGCGAGGGAGUGAUUGUCCAGCCAGAGCUGACCUGUUACCGGAGGAACCUAUUUCAAAUUUCCGGAUCCGUUACUACCCCCCGAGGCGCCUUAUCAGUGAUCACGGAACGCGGAGAACGCAUUCCAAUUUUGUCCCUAGAAGUAACGAUCAGUGCCACGGAAUCAGUUGAUGGCCAUUCUGUCAAACUGAUUGUCAUCCCAUGGAAAACACCUCCACCAAACUCCCCUGAAGUGACACCUGGCCAGGAGCAGGAGCCAUCGCCUAUUCCACUACUUCCAUUUGACGACGGAGCUCCAGAUACAAACAAUGAGUUUGCUGUUUACCCUAUAGCCUACAGAAGACUUCAAUUUAGAAUCGCGACCGCGAACAAUGGCCGGAGACGAGAGCUCCAACAGCAUUUCACCUUGCAUUUAAAUGUUGUAGGGACCUUGGGAAACAACACCAAGAUCAAUGUUUGCGAGACAGCGACAGCGCCAAUUGUGGUCAGAGGUCGAAGUCCAAGGAACUUCCAAGCAAGGAAGGAAAUUGCACUCGUCGGAUCAUCAGCCUCUCGGGCCAAGCACCAGAAUUGCAAAUCACAAGUAGCAACCCUUGAACUACCUCGGUCGCCAUUCAAUUUCGAUGCAAGCAAUCUUCCUGUAUCUCCACAUUUGAUGAGACAACAAACUCUACCAUCAUGGUUCGCUCCGCCACAUUCAUCUGAGCACACCCCAGGACCAUCAACUCCAAACUACCAAGGACCCCCGCCGUCGUUAUCGAUGGAUAAUUAUCUUCAAGGAAACCAUUCCAGUUCAGAAAAUCCACAAAACCACUCUCCAGCCUCUACAAUGCCAGCACCUGCACCUCCAGUACGAUCAUACACGUACCAUAGUACAACUUCACCAGGUGGGGCCCCCAUACGAUUCAUCGACAGCAAUCCACGGCCCGCAAAAUCACCUCGCCAUCAAGCACCCCCCGAACUGAACUCUUCUUUCUCUUCCGAUUUCACAGCUCGGUUCAACGCUCCUGCUCCAUAUAGUUCUGCCAGUGACCCUGCGCAUCCAAGAGAAUACUUCCCUACAUCUAUGUCUAUGCAACCAUGGACCACUGCUCAAGAUACCGCGUCUACGUAUGGAACUACGCUGCCCGCAGUCACUAGCUCCCACUAUGAAUAUCCUGGGGAUCAGCAUUACGUAAAAGAAGAAGGCCACUCUCAACCACCACCGCCGCAUCAACAGCCCAGUCAACAGCAUUACACUUGGAGCGCCGCAUAG